AUGAUCAAUCGAACAAUCAAACAGGCUCAAGUCACUUUGGAUACAGCUCAUGAGGACAUGGUCCACGAUGCUCAGUUCGACUACUAUGGCAAAUACUUGGCUACAUGCUCGAGUGACAGAAUUAUAAAGAUAUUCGAUGUUGCUGGUGACAACCAUGUACAUCUCGCAGAUUUGAGAGGACAUGAGGGUCCAGUAUGGCAGGUUGCUUGGGCACAUCCAAAGUUUGGAAAGAUAUUGGCAUCAGCUUCAUACGAUCGCAAGGUGAUCAUCUGGAGAGAGACAAACAACAAUCAAUGGAGCAUCCUGCAUCAGUUCUCUGGUCAUGAACUCUCAGUCAACUCUAUCUCUUGGGCUCCACAUGAGUUCGGUCUUUGCCUGGCUUGUGCCUCCUCCGAUGGAACUGUAUCAAUUCACAACUUUAAAGAUAACGUCUGGGAACAGCCACAAAAGAUCAAUGUAUCACAGAUUGGAGUAAACUCAGUUUCAUGGGCCCCAGCCUCAACCCCAGCUUCACUCGUCAAUGCCAACCAAACGACCAUCCCAACACCAGUCAAGCGCAUUGUCACCGGUGCCUGCGACAACCUUAUCAAGAUAUUCAAAUUCACUGAGGACAAGUGGACUCUGGAGAAGCAGCUGGAGGAGCACAAGGAUUGGGUGAGAGACGUGGCAUGGGCACCAAACAUUGGUCUGCCCGUCUCCAAGAUCGCCUCGUGCUCACAGGACAGGACAGUGAUCAUUUGGACACAGGACGAGAGUGGUACCUGGGCCGGCAAGCCCCUGAACAGGUUCGAUGACAUCGUGUGGAGAGUGAGCUGGUCAGUGAUUGGACAUAUAUUAGCAGUGUCGUGUGGCGACAACCAAGUGACCCUUUGGAAGGAAGGUUUGGACGGAGAGUGGAAGCAGAUCUCGCAGGUGGAGAACAGCUAA